AUGGCUAUUUUCACUCAUGACCCGGUGAAGAACUGUCCCAAAGUCGAAGAGCCUGGCGCGGAGGACCAUGACAUUGAGCAAAGUGAAACCAAGCGGAAGAGCUCCGGUGUACUGAAUGUGAUCGUCUCCGGUCUAGCAUUGUUUAGCGAUGGAUACAAUGCACAGAUCAUUGGCUACAUGGAACCGUUGUUCUCAGUACUGUACAUGAAGGGCAUGUCUUCAACCAUCAAGUCUCGCCUUUCCAACUCGUACUUGAUUGGUGAGAUUUUCGGAAUGCUCUUUUUUGGAGUCUUGAUCGACCGGAUCGGCCGUAGAACCGGAGUCGUUGCUGCUACAGCUUUCCUUAUUUUGGGAGUCGUCUUAGCUACUGCUUCACAUGGAAAUACUGAGCUGGACAUGUUUUGGAUGAUGAUUGUUGCACGAGGCAUUGCUGGAUUUGGUGCUGGUGGAGAGUAUCCAGUCUGUGCUACGAGCGCCACCGAAGCUGCUGAUGAAACAGCAAAGCUCCGUAAACGACGUGGCUUUCUCGUGGCCGUGACAACGGAUUUUGCGGUUGAUCUGGGCUUUGUCGCAGCUGGUUUGGUUGCCCUGAUUGUGUUAGCCUGCUACAAUCAGCAAAACUCAGAAGGUGUUUGGCGAGUCUGCUUUGGCCUGGGUAUUGUACUCCCACUUUCCAUCUGUUUCUUCCGUGUACGGAUGAUAAACUCGACGCAAUAUCGAAAGCACGCCAUUAAAUCUCAGUAUCCAUACAUGCUGGUACUGCGUCGUUACUGGAAGCCGAUGCUUGGAACAUCAUUGGCCUGGUUUUGCUAUGACUUCGUGACAUAUCCCUUUGGCUUAUUCUCAUCGACAAUUAUCGAGCAACUGAAUCCUAACAACACCACGGUUCAAAACAUUGGAUACGGAACGGUUAUCAAUUGCUUCUAUCUACCCGGUUGUUUACUUGGUGGAUUACUGAUGGAUCGCCUCGGCCGUAAGCAGACUAUGACCUUGGGAUUUAUGCUCUGGGCAGUAUGGGGCUUCAUUAUUGGUGGUGCCUUACAUCAGAUUCAGAGUGUUUUCCCCCUGUUCAUAGUCAUGUACGGAAUUUUCCAGGCUCUCGGAGAGAUGGGACCCGGUGUCUCGACAUUCCUCUGCGCUUCUGAGUCCUUCCCAACACCACUACGGGGCCAUUUCUUGGGCUUUGCCGCCGCGGUUGGCAAGGCAGGCGCCUCCAUUGGGACGGAGGUUUUCACUCCAAUUCAGAACUCGUUUGACUCGACUGAAAAAGGUCAACAGGCGGUGUUCUUGAUCGGUGCCGCCUUCACUGUCGUUGGCGGCCUCAUUGCCUGGUUCUUGAUUCCGGAUAUGUCUCGGGAGCUGGAAACAGAAGAUGUUCGCUUCAAAGAGUAUCUGGAACAGAAUGGCUAUGAUGUUAGCCUCUACGGCGAGGCAUUGGUUAUCAAUCCACGAGAUUAG